AUGAGAAUUCCCCCGAUCAGCGUCAUCUUGGCUUGGCCGCGGCCGAAUUACACGAAUCCGGAGACGAAAGGGCCAGGGUUGAUGAUCAUUGAGUUGGUGUUCUUGCUCAUGGCCUUGACAUGCUUGGGAUUGCGCAUGUACGUCAGACUGGUCAUGAUCCGCAAGACUUGGUGGGACGAUUGGCUUAUGGUGGGAGCCAUGGUUUUCUGCAUCGGCGUGACGAUCUGCGUUAUCCUCGCAACGGAGUUGUACGGUUGGAAUCUACACGUAUGGGACGUACCAUUGUCUGAAAUCCGGCAAAGUCGUCAGAUCUCAAUGGCGGCGCAGACGCUGUUUCUGUUUGCAUCUGGCUUCUCGAAGCUUUCGAUUCUCUGUAGCUACCUGAGGAUUGCCGCCCCCGGCACCUGGUUUUCCCGCCUCACCUGGGUCACGGGCAUCCUCGUUUUCCUCUUGACGUGGAUCUUUAUGAUUGUCUUAUGGACUCAGUGCGCACCGAUCUGGCACUAUUGGACCCUCUUUGCCGACUGGGGCAAUUGCAUCCCAGAGUGGCCCCCGCUGGCCGGCCAAGGCAUCACGACCGUCAUGACCGAUAUCGCCGUCUAUCUACUUCCGAUGCCUACACUGUUCAGACUCCAGAUGCCGAUGAUACAGCGCAUCAGCUUGGCGGCGCUCUUCGGUCUUGGCCUGUUAGUGGUCAUCGCGGGCAUCAUGCGCACAUACUGGGUGCUGUACGUCGAGAUCACCUACGUCGAGGACCCGAGUUACGAUCUGACGUGGGAUUCGUACAAUAUCUGGAUCUGGACAGCUCUCGAGGCCAAUUUCGCCAUCAUUUGCGGCUGUGCACCCGCGAUUCGACGACUAUUCACCAAAGGUGGGAAUCAGAGUCAGUUCAAGGUCGGCAGCUCCGUACAGACAAUUGGCUCCUCAGGUAUGAAGAGAAAGAGGGGCAAAGGGGGCUCAGGAAACGACUUGGAAGGACAUGGACUCUCAGCUUUCGAGUCGAGAGCGGAUAAUGAUAACGAUGCGUCUGUGACGGAGCUGGUACAUUUGGAGGGUGAGGAUAAAAAGACAUGA